AGGAGGAAGAGGAAGAGGAGGAGGUUCUCCCUCACAGGGUACGUAGUCGCUGUGAUGUUCAGACGUCAGCAGCAGGACAGCAUGGAGGUCACAUCUCUGAUGAGGACUGCCAUGUUGCUGCUGCUCGCACAAGAUCACGUCAGUUGUUCUCAAAAAGCUGGUAAGGAACGUCGAUCUUUUCCUCGCGUGGACCCGAACAGACGGCAGCUCUUCGAAUACGAGCCGCUCGCCGUCAGCUGUGAGGGACUGGAGGGCCUGACUGGGUGGAGAGUGAUGAGGAGGAUCCGAGGUCUAGUUGGGACAUGUUCUCCACACUGGUCCACGUCCACAGGAGCCUGUAGGAUCACAAAUGCCAUCCAGGGAGACACUGGGGAGUACUGGUGUGAGAUGGGAGCAGCGAGAACCGGUUCUGUCAACAUCACAGUCACUGGCGGUCCGGUGAUCCUGGAGAGUCCCGUCCUCCCCGUGGCGGCGGGAGAAGCUACGACGCUGAGCUGCCGGGGUCAGCGGGGGACCUCCUCCCUCACAGCGGACUUCUAUAAAGACGGCCGCUUGAUGGAGAACAGCUCCUCCUUGAACAUCACCAUCCUCGGUGUCUCCAAGUCCAACGAAGGCCUCUACGCGUGCAGCCUGUCCGGUGAGACGUCCCCCGCCAGCUGGCUGCUGGUGAGAGGUGAGACGUUCGGCACCAUGUGCAGGUCCAGGUCCCCCAGUCUGGUAGAAGUAUCGUUGGUCCGUGAAAGAACCUGGUGGGAGGCGGACGCGAUGCCUGAGAACAGAUCUCUAGGUCUCAGAAUGGAUUCAGCGACAUCAAAAGUCCAAAAGCAGAUAUUUCUCAUCUUCUCAUCUUCUGCACAUCCACCCCCCCUCCAGCUGAGGAGCCUCAUCCCUUCCCUCCGCCCCUCCACCUGCUCGCCAUUGGUGUCGGGGUUUCCUUCGUGGCUUUGCUGCUGUUGGUGGGGAUUCUGCAACGCUGGAAGCGCCGAGCAGCCCCCGGAGACCCCCCCCCCCUCCCAGGCUUCGUCUCCUCAACCAGGUGAUGGACACCAACCUUCCUUCAUCGCAGCACGACACACUUCAUCUGUGUGUUAUGAACCAAUGCAAGUGACCCCCAGGAGCAUCGAACUGAACACAGAGGCCUCUUACUAUUCUGAGAUCCAGGAGACAUUCAGCGCCGUCUCAAAGUUCAACAACGGUGGGAGGGACUCCUGACUGAAGAAGGAAACACUGAGAAGGUUCCUUCGACCACACGGAGCUGUUCCGUUAAAGCAUUUUGUAAAUUAUUUUAAACUAAAUAAAGUUGUAUCUUUCCUUGGAA